UUUACAUACUCUGUUAUAUCUCGUUAACAUUCAUCUGCGUCGGUUUGCCGAUUCAAAAGACAGCUCGCAUGUAUAUCCCUCUAUACCUAGCCAAGCUUGAGGCGCUGCGGCGCCAUGGAUCAACAGAUGGAUACACUCAAUGGAUACGAAAUCAGCUUGCAACCAUCUCAGCCGUAAUAAAAUCCACAAGCUCUAUCAAACAGGAAAUUUCUUUGAUAGAACGUCGUUCAAGCUCUGCCGCACACACCAACCUCAUCAUCGGCCUCGUCGUCGGCUUCACUGUAGCAGCCUUCCUCAUCGGCGUCGCGAUUUUCCUCUGCUGCUACGGAGAUUCCAUCAGGUUCUCGAAGAAGAAGCAUAGGCACAGGCGCCGGUCAACGAGUAGCAAAGGAUCGAGAAACUCGAAACACUCACGGGAGGUGGAGCAUGCUGAGGGAGCGCCAGAAGGCGAACAGGGGGCGUGAAUUCAUCAUAUGGCAUCGAAUAGGCGUUGCGAUUUCUUUUCCCAAAAUCUUUCUAUGUUAUAUGUUUUUUUUUGCAUGAUGGGGCGGAUUGAGAGCGUUUUACAUUUUUGAGACUGUGGUUGGAUAUAUACGCAGGCUUUUGAUGAAUUAUGAUGAUGGAUUGGACAGAUUGCUCAUUGUUUCACUUGGUGCUCUUAUUCGGAUCACAGAACGAAUACCAUUCCUUCAAUAUUAUGCCCUUUACAUGAAGUCUCUUGGAUCACAAAAUUUUGCCCGUUCAUUAGUGUAGUCUUCAACCCGUUCCAAAUUCUCCCG